UCAAUGAAAGGCAAAAUAGACAAAAAAAAACAACACGAAACAAACACAACAAAUACAGCAAAUUACUAUUGCUGCCUUAUCACGGUUACUUGUAGUGAAAUAAAACGCGAAUCCAUUCCACAAAACGGUUCUCUCGUGCAUGUGGCCAAUUAACGUUAUAUCCGCGUGACGGCUAGGUGAAGUGUGUUGCUUAGAAGUGGCCGUACAUUGUGUGUUUAGAAAAGUGAUUUUGUUGCCGGCCGUGUGUUUCUAGUAGUAUUGUGUUUUUUUUACAUUUUAUUUCGUGUAAUCGUCCAUUUUGGGGAACGCAUAAUUGAUCGUGAUAGUGAUUGUUUGCUGGCAGUUGAUAAAGUAAAAAUUAAACAGAGAGGAAUUACAUCUGCAGUCAGUACGAAGAAUGUAUUGUACAGCAGAGGAAUAAGUACACGUCAACAAUACUUCGACAAAAAACGUGUAAACUCUUUCGUCUGGUGGCUGGAUGUGAUCCCACCGCUGCUGUUGGCAAUUUGAAUUUGGAGACAAACGUCGCGCUUUGCAUACUAAAUAGACGCAGAAGGCGAUACGGGCACGUCAAGAGCACUACUGUGCGCCUACCAAGAUCGUUUACAGCACUUGAUCGAAUCGAGGAAGUCGAUCGGUGAAAGUUGUGCCUUCUAGUAACGUUUGUCUGGUGCCUACUACCCCACCGACACGCAAUCCGUCGUCGUCGUCGUGGUAAUAGUAGUAGUAUCGGGCAAGUGUCCCGGAGAUACACACACCCUAGGAUACGUGCAGCAAGUCACUGCCGCGCCGAACCCGAUCGCUGAAGCCGAUUUUCCGUGAGGGGGAGGCGAAUCGAAGACACGCGAACGCAAGAAGAACCAGUCAAACGAGCCCGUGGCAAACACGGACAGGUAACCAACACCAACCAACAUCGCGAAGGCUUCAAACCAGACAGCGGCCCGCAACAAUAAACUGGUGUUGACCAGCGGACAAACAGUUCAGUCUUCGGUUGUACGCGCCCGCGGAAAGAUCUUGCCUCAGCUCCGUACGCGAUUCGAAUACGCCACAACACUCCACACACGGUUCGGCCCGUCUCUCGCUCGAAACAUUUCGCGUCGCCUACUUCGUCUCCACUGCGUGUGGCUUCGUGUGUGUGUGUGGCUGGUCGGGUUUUGUUGUUUUGGUGACGGUGCGUGCGUGUUUCCGCGAAGCGUAACGAACGGUUCAGUAGAAGAGCAUAGUUCCCCCGGGUGGGCUGUGGAAGCGAAAAGAAAGGCACCAUCAUGUGUGGCAUUUUUGCGUAUCUGAAUUUCCUUACGCCGAAGACACGGCGCGAAGUGUUGGAUCUGCUGCUGAAUGGGUUGAAGCGGUUGGAGUACCGUGGCUACGAUUCGGCCGGUGUAGCCGUCGAUGGUGCCACGGUGGAUGCCGACAUCCUGAUGUUUAAGCGCACCGGCAAGGUAAAGGUGCUGGAGGAUGCGAUCCAUUCGGCGGCCCAAACGAUCGAUUUCAGUGAAUCGUGCGACACGCACGUCGGCAUUGCGCACACCCGUUGGGCAACGCACGGUGCACCGAGCGAGGUGAACUCGCAUCCACAGCGAUCGGACGACACGAACGCGUUCGUCGUGGUGCACAACGGUAUCGUGACGAACUACAAGGACAUCAAGAAGUUCCUGGAGCUGCGCGGAUACGCCUUCGAGUCGGACACGGAUACGGAGACGAUCGCGAAGCUGGUCCAUCAUCUGUGGAAGCAACACCCGAACUAUUCGUUCCGCGAGCUGGUCGAGCAGGUGAUCCAACAGCUGGAGGGUGCGUUUGCGCUGGCCUUCAAGUCGAAGCAUUUCCCGGGCGAAUGUGUCGUGACGCGCCGUGGCUCACCGCUGCUGGUAGGGAUUAAGGCGAAAACAAGCCUCGCCACCAACCACGUACCGAUCCUGUACGGCAAGGGCCAUCGUCAUGGUUCGUCCGGCAAUGUGCAGGUGGAACCGACGCCGGACAACACGGCCGACUUUAUCAAUCCGGGUGAGGAGGUGGAAUACUUCUUCGCAUCCGACGCAUCCGCUGUCAUUGAGCACACGAACCGGGUCAUCUAUCUGGAGGAUGAUGAUGUGGCCGCGGUAAAGGAUGGGGCGCUCGGUAUCCAUCGGCUGAAGAAGAGCCAGGAUGAUCCGCACGCGCGCGAGAUCACGACGCUCAAGAUGGAGAUCCAGCAGAUCAUGAAGGGCAACUAUCGGUACUUCAUGCAGAAGGAAAUCUUCGAACAGCCCGAAUCGGUCGUCAACACGAUGCGCGGUCGCGUCAACUUCGAAAGCAAGAAGGUGACGCUCGGCGGUAUUAAGGAUUACAUACCGGAGAUCAAGCGCUGCCGGCGGUUGAUGUUGAUUGCGUGCGGCACGUCAUACCACAGCGCCGUAGCCACACGGCAGCUGCUGGAGGAGUUGACCGAGCUGCCGGUGAUGGUGGAGCUGGCGUCCGACUUUCUCGAUCGCAAUACGCCGAUCUAUCGGGACGAUGUGUGCUUCUUCAUCUCGCAAUCGGGCGAAACGGCCGACACGCUGAUGGCGCUGCGGUACUGCAAGCAGCGCGGUGCACUGAUCGUCGGCAUUACCAACACGGUCGGUAGUUCGAUCUGUCGCGAAUCGCACUGCGGUGUGCACGUGAAUGCUGGGCCCGAAAUUGGCGUGGCGUCGACGAAGGCCUACACGUCGCAGUUCAUCUCGCUGGUAAUGUUUGCGCUGGUGAUGAGCGAAGAUCGUCUAUCGCUCCAGGGUCGUCGGCUGGAGAUCAUCGAGGGUUUGCGCAAUCUGGAUGCGCACAUCAAGCAGGUGCUGAUGCUCGAUCAGAAGGUGCUGGAGAUUGCGCAGGAUCUGUACCAGCAGAAGUCGCUGCUGAUCAUGGGCCGCGGGUACAACUUUGCCACCUGCAUGGAGGGUGCGCUGAAGGUGAAGGAGCUGACGUACAUGCACAGCGAGGGCAUUAUGGCCGGUGAGCUAAAGCAUGGCCCGCUGGCAUUGGUCGACGAUACGAUGCCGAUCGUGAUGAUCAUAAUGCGCGAUCCGGUCCAUCUGAAGUGUAUGAACGCGCUGCAGCAGGUGACGGCCCGCGAAGGACGUCCGAUCAUCAUCUGCGAGGAGGGCGAUGCCGAAACGAUGACGUUCGCGUCCAAGGCGCUGGAGAUACCGCGCACCGUCGACUGUCUGCAGGGUGUGCUGACCGUCAUACCGAUGCAGCUGCUGUCCUACCAUAUUGCGGUGCUGCGUGGCUGCAAUGUCGAUUGUCCACGAAAUCUCGCCAAAUCGGUCACGGUCGAGUAGGGGACAUGGGAACAUUUUCCGUGAGCAUCUGUGUACGUAUCGUGUGAUCGUACGGUUUAACCGUGCGUGUGAAAAUGUGUACCGGGAACUGGAGCCCCCGGGUUUGUGAACGCUGGAAUAUUCCUUCUUUUAAAUGCCACUUCGUUUACUAGUGCUUGUUGCAAUGUUUUUUUUUUUAAUAUGUCAGGAAGCUGCCACGAUUUUAUUUGGAGCGUUUCGAUAGCGUUUAAGUUGUUCUCCUAGAGUUUUUUUUUAAAUUUGUUAUUUUAUGCUAAAAGCGAACUCUUUCUCUCACGCACGCACACAGGCAAUAGAGAAUGUAGUGCAGAGAAUGAAUUAUUGGACUUAAGCUUCAAUUUUACAAAAAUUCUUACUAUUAGUUGUUUUACCCCCCCGUGGCCUUUUGCUGCUGGCAGACCUGGAUGCUGAGAUGCAGCUGCAAAACUACACAAACAUCACACUGGAGGCGCGUGACGAUAUGAAUGUUAAACCUUGUUUAGUAAUACGAUUUGUGAGAAUCUUGAUCUUUUGUUUUGGGGUUUGUCUGCUCCUGCUGCUAUCAAUAAGCUCAUUUUGUAAUUGUUACUAGACCGCUAUCAUCGGAACAAUGGUAAUAUUGUAUAAUUGCUUGCACUUUGUUACCGUGCUGUCUGUGCAGGUUGUUUCGCAUAGGAAAAUGAAAGAUCCGCCACGUACGCAAAAGCAACGUCACCAAUAUGCGCAAACACACUCACUUUCAACCUGGCGAGCUUGUUUUGUAAUCUGGAAACGGAUGGGACCAGAAGAAGGAAGAUCGGAAGAUGGCAAUGGCAGACGAGGUAUCUAUGGAACCACACAAAAACUAGCUCGAACAACGUGCGUCGUCUGCGUAUCAGUCUGUGUGUGCAUGUUCUGUUACGGUGAUAAGCACCAUCACUUUAUCAUUAGCAUCAUUUUACACGGAAUUGAUAGGUCGGCAGUAGUAGUAGCAGCAGCAGCAGCAGCAGGGCUGUCAAAGAUUUGCUGAAGAUGUGAUCUAUCAGUCUUUCUUUCUUUUCUUUUUUUGCCGUAUCUCAUGCGCGAUACGUUUUUGGCCUAAUUUUUGGCAUUUAGACAAAAAAAAAAGCCCAGCAGCCUAAUCUGAUCUAAUGUGCAACAACAGCAACAACAAAAAAGGGGCAGCAGCAGUAUCUUCAAUCAUAAAAAUUAGAUGACGUGCGCGGUCUCCUUUGUAAAAUUGGCCAUUGUUUUGUUUUGUGAGUUAAAGAUUAGAAGUUUGAGGCGCGCGCGCGCCCCAGCGCAUGUAUAGAGCAGCCGCUGGCAGCGUGGUAGACGUAGACGCCACGUUCCGCUGCCAGUUACAAUGUAUUGGAUGCGUGACGAAACAUUGUUCUAUUUUGGGUGCAAUAGGUUCGAGAUAGGAACAAAAAAAAACUCAAUUUUUUUUGACAAACACCCACACACACACACACACAUUUUUUCGGUUAGUAAGGACUAAAUUUAAGCCAAAAAUUGAACGCAGUAUAAAGGAUGCAGAAUAUGUAGGUAUGCGGUAAAUUUGUUUGGGGCUGAGGGGUGAGAGAAAGAUUACUCGGCAGACCCCAAUCGGCAGAGAUGGUACAGGGAACUUCAAGCUUCAAGGAGUUUCGUGUAUGGAUACAGGAGUGGAAGAAAUACUAAUUCCAAUAGCGCGAUGCAUUGCGAUAGCAAUUUAUUGAGAUACACCGUAGUAAUUGAUAAGGAACCGUUCCGGCUGUAGCUUGUAACAUGUAAAAGGCAGUGUGCAGCACGAAUGCAUGUGUAUGUGAAUAAAGUAUUAGUGCUUUCUUUUUAUUGGUAAAAACAAAAAAACAACAA